CGCAAACAAUACCACCACUUGCAUCCCUAUCAUCGCCAGUGGAGGAAGGGAGAGAGAGAGAGAGAGAGAGAAGUGGUCACGUUCUCCUUCCGAUCGGUCAGAAAGCUAAUCACACAAAAAAAAAAAUGUCGUCGGUGGCGAGAGUAGACCUCGAUGGAGCUCCGAUCAAACCGAUGACGACCUGCAUGAUCGGAGCUGGAGGCUUCAUGGAUCUCCAUGCUGCGAGAAGAUCAAUGGCCGAGACCCCUCACACCGUCCUCGCCCUUGACGUCUACAACGACAAGAGCCACCUCGCGGAAAGGAACACGCCUGACGCGACGGCGCACCCCCUGGCUGGCCGCACUCACUUCCAAACCAGCCUCAACAUCAAGCACGACUCCAGGCUCGAAGGCCUCAUCAAGAUGUCCGAUCUGACGAUCAAUUUGGCUGCGAUCUGCACUCCGGCGGAUUACAACACGCGUCCUCUGGAUACCAUAUACAGUAACUUCAUCGAUGCGCUCCCAGUGGUUAGGUAUUGCUCGGAGAAUGGGAAGCGUCUGAUUCACUUCUCCACUUGUGAGAUUUACGGGAAGACCAUUGGGAGCUUCCUCCCAAAGGAUCACCCUCUGCGCCAGGAUCCAGAGUUCUAUGUCCUUAAAGAAGAUGCUUCUCCAUGCAUUUUUGGCCCAAUUGAGAAACAGAGGUGGUCUUAUGCAUGUGCAAAGCAACUUAUCGAGAGGUUAAUUUAUGCUGAAGGUGCUGAAAAUGGGCUUCAGUUUACCAUUGUGAGGCCAUUCAACUGGAUUGGUCCUAGGAUGGAUUUUAUCCCCGGUAUUGAUGGUCCUAGUGAGGGUGUUCCUAGGGUCUUGGCAUGUUUCAGCAAUAAUCUCCUUCGUGGUGAGCCCCUGAAGCUUGUGGAUGGCGGGCAGUCCCAAAGAACCUUUGUUUACAUCAAGGAUGCCAUUGAAGCUGUUCUUUUGAUGAUCGAAAACCCCAAUCGUGCUAAUGGUCACAUCUUCAAUGUAGGAAAUCCUAACAAUGAGGUUACAGUAAAGCAACUGGCUGAAAUGAUGACAGAGGUUUACGCCAAAGUGUCAGCAACCCCAGCAUUAGAGGUGCCAACUGUGGAUGUGAGCUCCAAAGAGUUCUAUGGUGAAGGAUAUGAUGACAGUGAUAAGAGAAUCCCAGAUAUGACCAUAAUCAACAAACAACUUGGUUGGAACCCGAAAACUUCACUUUGGGACUUGUUGGAGUCAACACUGACUUACCAGCACAGGACAUAUGCUGAGGCCAUCAAGAAUGCAACUUCAAAGCCUAUGGCAUCAAGUUAGAUGGUGAUACGCAAAAACUAUGCCUUGAUACCCGCUCCGCGUCGUAAAAUUCUUUUAAGCGAUAAUCAUUCAUGUGAUAUAAACAGUUUAUAUGUUCGCAUUUGCUAUCGGUUGAACUCUGGGCUUUGUAACCCUGACACUGUUUUUAUUGAAUAGAAAUAUGCUGCAUGAUGUUAAUGAUUAGGGGCUCUUGGGAUUGCUGCAGCUGGAUCUAGAUAUAGCUCCAACUGCAGCAGUGCUUUAUGGUGUAAGGUUACGUAAACGUCGCAAAUUUCCAUAAUUUGUUUGUAACAAAACCUUGUGGCGGAGGCUUUUGUUUUUGCUUCUAGUUCGUAUGCUCUUAUUCUUUUGGUUUAUUGCUAUGUACUUGAGUAAUCUUAUAUGGGAUCUCCUUGUUCAGUUUUUUUCA